CCAACAAAUCCCUUGCAAUUUCUCUCCUCAUCCCUACCAAAUUCACCAAAGCUCUUUUUCUUUCAUAAAGUUUGUGAGUCACAUCUUGAACCUCACAAACUUUGAGCUAAGCCACCAUCCAUUUCACUCUUUUUUCUUCAAUUGUUGAGAGAUCAAGAUUUGUGUUGGUGAUUCUUGAAGUAGAUCCAAGUUUGUGCAAGAUUUGUGCAACGCUCGUGCUAAGAAGAAAUGGAAAGUAUCAAACAAGAGAUUCUUGAACUCCGCAAAGAGGUGGUUACUUUGAAGGCUGGUAUGGAGCAUCUGACUGCUCUGGUUGAGGCUCUAGUUGCUGCCCAAGUCAAUCCUCCUAUGAUGGAAGAAAGGAUGGCAAAGGUCUUUCUUGAAACUCUGAACUCGUUCUUUCCCAAGGGGACAGUAGUCAGUACACCUGCUGACUUCCACAGAGAGGUGGGUAUGAAAGCGCUUCUAGAAAAGGAUGUCCGAAAGGAAUGUUUGUUUGAAGAAGGUAACUCAGCUGGUAGUGUGAAGAAGUUUGGUAAUGACUUUUCAAAGAAGAGAAUCAGGGGAGGAAACAAUCAUCAUCAACAUCAUCAUGUUUCCUAUAUCAUUCCUGUAUCCAAUUCAAUUCAUGCAACUCCAGAUUAUCAGCAAAGUACUCGGCAACAAGCUCCUCCACUGAAUGAGCAAAAUCAAUCUCGAAAGCCUAAUUUUGAUCCUAUCCCUAUGACCUACACAGAAUUGUUCCCUGCUCUAAUUCAUAAGAAUUUGGUUCAGACAAGGUCACCACCUCCAAUUCCAGAGAAGAUUCCAUGGUGGUACAAUGCUGAUGUUACUUGCGCUUUUCAUCAGGAUGCUCCCGGACACAGUUUAGAAGAUUGUUGGGCUCUAAAGGUUGAAGUUCAAAGAUUGACUCGUGCUGGUAUUUUGUCUUUCCGAGACAUUGGCCCUGAUGUUCAAGCCAAUUCUUUGCCAAAGCAUGAAUGAAUCACUAUUGAUGGUAGCCUGAAGUUUGAAAGAUGUUUCCUUCAGCACAAACCCAGAUGGAGAAAGCCUUCUCAGUUUUUUUAGUAUUCUUACUGAUUUUCAUUUGUAAUAUUACUUGUUUUUCAAAUGCAUUGUUUGCAUGUAGAAACUUGUUUAUUUUUGAAUGUUAAUGCUAAUGCAACAAUAAUGUU